AUGGCCGCCGCCGCCAUGUUCUCGAAGCUGUCGGACGGGUUCAGCAAGUACGUCUGCGGAAUCUUGCCUCCGACGACGACGGCGGACGAGGACAGGUACAGAGCAGGGCUGCGUUCCCUCUUCUUGCUUUCCCCGUCCCCGGAAAGACCACCGCGCAGAACGCCGUCGCCGUCGCCGUCCGCCUCCGUGCGGACGGAGGCGCUGCUGGAGGACGAUGACGGCGACGAGACGGCGACGAUGCCUUGGGGGACGGAGGACGACGACCGCGAGGAGGAGAUGGCCUCCACGCUCCCGUGCCUCGCGUUCGCGUCGGAGCACGGGUACAGGGUCUUCUCCCUCGCCGAGAUGCGCUUGCUCGACGGCGACGCCGACGCGCCGCCGCCGAUGCCUCCGGUGCUCGGGCGCCGGCUCGUCCCGUCCCCGUACGGAGGGACGGUGCUCGCCACGGACGUGUGCUACAGGCACCCGUGCCACCUCGUCGACCCCUUCACCGGCGAGCGCGCGCCGCUGCCGGACCUGCCCAUCCCGUUCUCGGAGAGCGAGCCGGUGAAGUACCACCCCAACGACUUUCCGCGGCCGCACCGCGCCAGGGUCACCGACGACGGGCUCGCGUGGGACUGGUCCCCGCGCGGCGUCAUGGUGGCGCGCGGCGACACGGCCUUCUUCUGCGCGCACGGCGGCGACGGCGGCGAGUGGACGCCAGUGCACCAGGCGGUACGCGGCUCGCCCAUGACCGUCAACUACCGCGCCGGCCGCUUCUUCCUCCUGGAGCUGCGGUCGCUGGUGACCACGGUGAUCGACGCCGCCACGCUGCGCGCCCGCGCCACGAUCCCGGCGCCGGCGGGCCUGCGCGACGCCGACGCCGCGUACCUGGCGCCCUCCGACGACGGCGGCGCGGUCCUCCUGGUGCACCGCGCCGGGGAGGACGGCCGCGGCGUGCUGUUCACCGAGGCGUACCGCGCGCGGGACAGCAGGGGCUCGCCGCGGUGGGCGCGGGCGCGCGACAUCGGCGACCGCGCGGUGUUCGUGGACGGCGCGCACGCGUUCACCGUCGCCGCCGGCCCCGCGGGGGCGGGGGCGCUGGCGAACCGCGUGUACGUGGUCCUCGCCAACAGGGUGGAGCGGCCGUGCGGGCGCGUCGCCGUCGCGUACGACGUCGGCUGCUCCCACCUAGGGAGGCCGGAGUUAAUGGGGCGGCUGAGGCUCGACGUCGGCGAGGUCGAGCCGAUGUGGGGCCAGCCGCACUGGAUCAUACGCAGAGACGGAUCGGGUCGGCACGCAUGA